GAGAGCCCCGUAACCCCCGUUAGAUCCUCGCAUCCCGUUCGGCUCCGGAUGUUUGAACUGGCAGAGGGAAGAGCAGUCUGCGGUGACAGGAAAGCAGUGGGACCCCUCACUGGUGCUACCUUGGAAGGGCUUGCAGCAUCAUUGCUUUUAGGCAGAGCUUCUUUGCUUGGCCACACAGCCUCACUUGUCAGUUAUAUGUUCCUUCUUCAUACUGACCAUAGCUGCCUGGAGGUCCAGGCAGAGGAAGAAAGCUUCAGUGUGCAGAAGAAAUCAUUCCAGCCUCUUAAUCUCAAAUCUCUUGGUGUGGUUUUUCUGUCUUUUCUAACAUCUGAGAAAAACCUGAUGUACAAUAAUACCCUGGCCUGACAUUCAUCACCAGGCAGAACCAGUGCCCCAGCCAGCCAACAUGACAGUGCUGUUUGAUAACUUGUCAUGCCAUCACUCCAUUGAUGACUUCCGAAACAAGGUCUAUUCCACACUCUACUCCAUGAUCAGCAUUAUAGGCUUUGUUGGCAAUGGGUUUGUGCUCUACGUCCUCAUAAGGACAUACCGGCAAAAGACAGCCUUUCAGGUGUACAUGCUGAACCUUGCUGUGUCUGACUUCCUCUGCGUGGCCACCCUGCCCCUGCGUGUCAUCUACUAUGUUCACAAAGGAAACUGGUUCUUCAGUGACUUCCUAUGCAGGGUCAGUUCGUAUGCGCUGUAUGUCAACCUGUACUGCAGCAUCUUCUUCAUGACUGCAAUGAGCUUCUUCCGCUGCAUAGCCAUUGUUUUUCCAGUCCAGAACAUCAAUCUGGUAUCGGAGAGGAGGGCAAAAUUCGUCUGCAUUGGCAUCUGGAUUUUUGUCACCCUGACAAGCACUCCCUUUCUGCGGAAUGGGACAUACCAACAUGGCAACAAGACCAAAUGCUUUGAACCCCCAGAAAACUCUCAGAAGACAAAUUUAGUUGUGAUCCUGGAUUUUAUUGCCCUUACUGUGGGUUUCAUCCUUCCCUUUAUUGUCAUAACUAUCUGCUACACCAUGAUCAUAAGGACCUUAAUGAAAAACUCCUUGAAGAAGAACCGGGCUAACCACAGAAAGGCAGUCUGGAUGAUCAUCAUAGUGACACUCACCUUCCUGGUGAGCUUCACCCCAUACCAUAUUCUACGUACAGUCCACCUCCAUGUGCUGAGGCUGAAGAACACCAGCUGCGAGGAUGCCAUAUACCUACAGAAAUCAGUGGUGGUAACACUCCCCUUGGCAGCUGCCAACUGCUGCUUUGACCCACUUCUCUAUUUCUUCUCAGGGGGCAACUUCAGAAAGAGACUUACCACAUUCAGGAAGGCUUCUUCUUCCAGCUUGACACAAGCCUUCAGGAAGAAGUUCUCCAUGAAGGAGAAAGAUGAGGAACCCUUUGGAGAUAGCCAUAAGGAGAAUGAAAAGGCAGCUGUGGCCCCUUCAUCAGACAGCUAAGUCUUCCCCCAAGACAUCAGAUGGACAAUGGAAGUCUCAGAACUCUUGAAGACAUGAUGGAGGCUCACAAGCCUUCAUAGCAGUGAGAUAUAAUACUG